CUCUUCAUUGGAUAUUUGUCCCAUCAAACUGGAUGGCACAAAUUAUUUACUUUGGUCUUGUACUUUUACAUUAGCUAUUGAAGCUAAAGGGAUGUCUGAGUUCAUUGAAGGCUCUGUUACUGAGCCUACUACUGAUGUUGAACUCAAGACGUUUAAGUCUCGUCGAUCUUUAGCCAUGACCUGGUUGUUUAAUACUAUGAAGGCUGAUAUUCGUAGUCCUUUCUUGCUUCUUAACACUCCAUAUCAGAUUUGGACUAUUGCCAAACAGACUUAUUCUCAGCAGGGCAAUGAUGCUCAGUGUUUUAAGUUGCGUAAGCGACUUCGUACUAUGGAUCAACACAAUCGAUCCGUUGCUGUUUACUUUGCUGAUCUCAGUGGGGCUUGGCAAGAAUUUGAUUAUUAUCAGGGGUUUCAGGCAGUCUGUUCUAUUGAUGCUGGUGCUUGGUUAAAAAGAAUGGAGAAAGAACGUGUGUAUGACUUUCUUGCUGGUCUUGAUGUGGAGUAUGAUCCAAUUAGAGUGCAGGUGUUGGGUCGUGUUCCGUUUCCAUCUUUAGGAGAGGCCUAUGCCAUUGUUCAACAGGAGGAGAGCAGAAGGGGUGCUAUGUUACAAGCUCCCUCUUCUGAUCGUUCUACAUUGGUUGCUAUUCCGCAGGGACAGUUUGGGUCUGGCAGUGGAAAGUCUCAGUAUGGUACUACUAGUGGGACCAUAGACCGUAUGUCACUCCAGUGUGAUUAUUGCCACAACACUGGACAUACCAAGGAUUUCUGUUGGAAGUUACAUGGUCGUCCUUCUCGUGGGCGAGGCAGUGGACGUGGAGGUCGAGGUAGUGGUUCCGGGCGUUCUCAGGCCCAGGCACAUGUUUCAGAGUUUACUACCUUGUCUGAUUCUGGGUUCAGUACAGGAGUUCAGUCACCUUCUGAAUCUGUUGGCGGUUUCUCUCAGGGGGAGAUGCAAGCUCUCAGGCGUCUUAUGGCUCGAGCUGAUUCUUCCUCUAUUAUAGCUCCUACUUCCACAGCAGCUCCUACUGCAUCCUAUUUUGCUCAUUCAGGAACUGGAAACGGGGAAGGUGAUUGGCAGUGGUAAAGCACAUGGUGGUAUCUAUUAUCUGGAGCAUGAACCUCAUCCAUCUCAGCCGUCUUUAUCAUGUGGACAAGCUUUACGGGCAGAUAUGAGUUCCACUCUUUCUUUGUUACAUCGGUGGCACCGUAGAUUAGGUCAUCCCUCGUUUGGGAUAUUAGAAAAACUCUUUCCUAUUUUAGUUAAACAUUGUCCUAGGGAUCAGUUUUUUUGUGAAGCCUGUGAGUUUGGGAAACAUAAACGCUCUUUUUAUGCACCUAUUAAUAAACGAAGUGAUUCUCCAUUUAUGGUUAUCCACUCUGAUGUUUGGGGUC